AUGGGCGCGUGCUUCGGGCGAUUCAUGGGAGAGACCCAGGCGGAAGAAUGGGAACGAAAGCAACGAAAGCUCGAGAAGAAACGAGCCAAGGAUGAACAGUGCAAACGGGACAACGAAAUUUUAAAGGCUGUCUUCAAGGAGGAGGUUCGGGACCUCAUCGGUGGCAUUCCGGUGCUUCAAAACUUCAUCGAGCGACGGUCGGGGCGAAAAAUUACGGCUCGCACAAAAGAUGAGAAGAUGCGUGACCAUGAGGCAGCGCAACGUAUAGGGAAGCCCGUUUAA